GAAUUCCAAAUUGACAAAGUACUCGAAGAGCUAAAAAUGGACAUGGACAUGUUUGUGGAUCUGUGUAUUAUGAUGGGCUGUGACUACUGCGGUACGAUACGGGGCAUUGGGCCCAAACGCGCACUAGAACUCAUAUACAAGCACAAAAACAUAGAGACUAUCCUGGAGAACCUCGACAAAACGAAGGUACGCUGA